AUGGCUGCAUAUAGUAAAAUCUUUGAUGAGGGCGCUGAGGCAGGCCUCGAAGGCAGACUCAGAGGCUCACAGAGAAGGCCGCAAGGCAAUUUGCAAAGCACAAUGGCACAACUUCGACUGUCUAUACACAACGACUCUGUGCCAGGCAGCAUGUCUCGCUCUGCACUCACCAGCAUUUCUGACGCUAACAGAACGGAUGACUUGACAUCCAUGGCCAAGCUCCAGAUCGCCACCAAUAGGAAUGCAGCGGGAGUGCUUGUUUCAGAUGCUGAAAGGCAGGGAUAUUAA